CCCGCCCCCUCGCUCGCGGCACCGCUCGGCCGGGCAGGGAUCGGCCAGGCCAGCUGGCCGCAGGAGCUCGGAGAAGGAGAAGGGGAAGGGGCGGCCCGGGAUGCGGGUGCAGAGUCGAGGCUGCUGAGCUCCGGGCCGUGCGCGGCGGAGGCUCCCCGCAGGAUGAAGCCCGACGGGAAGGUGGUGCUGCUGGGGGACAUGAACGUGGGCAAGACCUCCUUGCUGCACCGCUACAUGGAGAGGCGCUUCCAGGACACGAUCAGCACGGUCGGGGGCGCCUUCUACCUCAAGCAGUGGGGGCCCUACAACAUCUCCAUCUGGGACACGGCAGGACGAGAGCAAUUUCAUGGCCUUGGUUCUAUGUACUGUAGAGGAGCAGCUGCUGUGAUCCUUACAUAUGAUGUAAACAACUUGCAAAGCCUGAUAGAACUGGAAGAUAGAUUCUUGGCGCUGACCGACACAGCUAGCACCGACUGUAUCUUUGCUAUUGUUGGAAACAAAGUUGACCUCACAAAUGAAUAUGCCUUAUUACUAGAAACAGAAGAGGAAAAUAGACCUGAAAAGCCUGUCACCGGUUGCAUCUCUACCAAGGUCCAAAAACAAGUCCACCUGGAUGAUGCUGUUGCACUCUACAAAAAGAUAUUGAAAUACAAAAUGUUGGAUGAGAAGGAUGUUCCAGCAGCUGAGAAAAUGUGCUUUGAGACCAGCGCAAAAACAGGCUAUAAGGUGGACUACCUCUUUGAAACCAUAUUUGAUAUGGUAGUACCAAUAAUUUUACGACAGCAAGCUGAGGGGCCACUACAAACUGUAGAAAUAACCAAUUACAAGUCAGCAAAAAGGACAAAAUCUGGUUGUUGUGCCUAAAACAUUGAUGAUGUGGGGUGUGAGGGUAUUAUGUCUGUAUGUGGUGCUAGUGAUCAUGAAGUUAGAGAUGCUUACAGUUUGAGCAGAAAGGGAAAAUCAAGGAAUAAAUGAUCUAGAAUGAAGUAUGCAGAACAACUAAUCUUUUGAAAAUUAAAGGCUUUUGAAAAGUCUAAUCUAAUUUAUUUAUAAAAACAAAAAUCUGAAUUAAAUCAUGCGGGAAGCCUUGUAAAUUUCAUAGGGCCCUUGGGGUGGAGGAGAGAUCAUAAUGAAUGUGCGGAAGUGGGAAUCUAUGCUAUGGUACUGUUUCCAUACAGAUCGGUACUGACAAUCAGUUAAACACUCUCAAAGGAGUCCUACUUUAUUUUUUAGAAAGCAUUAUAUUCUCCACAUUUAGUAUGCAACAUCUAAACUUUCACUGGAUGUAACUUUCACUUUUGUAGUGGAUGUGACUUUCACUUUAAAAAAUCAUUCAUUUUCUUCUGGGGACUAUUUAGAUGCUGGGUACUUUUUUAAGCUUUACACAUUAUUUUUUUUCCAGAAUAUAAAUUAUAUAGAAAAGUCACUAAUCAAGCAAUUCAAUUAUCCUUUUGUACCAGAUACCGCAAUAUAAGAUGUACUAUUAAAGUUACUAUGGAAAUGAA